AUGCACGAACAGGUAGUGGUGAUGAGGUUGGGAGUGGAUCUAAACUGUCCCAAAUGCUACAAAAAGGCUAAGAAAGCUCUCUCCAAAUUCCGUCAGAUAAGAGACCAAUCGUUUGAUGACAAGUCGAACUCGAUCCUCAUCAAAGUGGUUAAUUGUAAUGAUCCUGAAAAGCUAAUGAACAAGCUCUGCUACGAAGGAGACGGUUCUAUCAAGUCCAUCGUCAUCCUCGAGCCACCCAAACCGCCUCAACCACAACCUAAAGAACCAACCCCGGCACCAACACCAGCAGCAGCCCCAGCCCCAGCCCCAGCUCCAGUUCCAGCACCAGCACCAACCCCAGCUGAGGCUCCGGAUCCGGUUCCGGCUCCAGAACCUAUGUGGCAGCCGUAUUAUAUUGUGCCGUAUUACGAGACCCAACAGCAUUACCAAUGUUAUGGAAGGCCCGUUUAUGAGAGCUGGGGAGGUGGACGACAAUGUUGCCACGAAUACACAAACCCUCAAGGAUGCUCCAUCAUGUGAAACACUGAACCAACGUGAUCUUC